CGUGCCAGUCGUGCCACUGUCUUUCUAUCAUAAUUCGAAAAGUUCUGCGCGCUAUUCUUUGAUGUCGCUAUUUUAUACAAUUUCCGAUAAUAUAAAAACAGCUCACAUUUUAACAUGAGGUUUAUGGUGUUUUGUGUAUUAAUAUUAACGGUACAUGGAUGGAAUUUUAAAAAUGCCGAAUUUAAUGAAUUGCCCGAGGAAAAACUCUUAGAUGCACUGUGUCGAAGUUUUCAUAAGGAAAAUGGACAACAGUCUUCUGCGUGUGAUAAUAAUGGCAGUAGAUGUGAUUGGCAGGGCAAGGAGUAUCGCAAACAAGAAUUGAAGAUGGAAGAAUCAUUAAGCUCGCUACAAAUUAGAUGCAUCGAAUGUAAUAAGAUUAGUUUCUAUCUGAAAUCGAUAGAUGAUUUUGCUUAUUUCCUGGAAUUUUCAAAUAAAAAUAUUAAAAAUUUUAGCAGUGUGACCACGUGUAAUUACUACACUCUGGAUAAUUUAAGCGAAGACACAUUUUACGAUAUUCGACUAUGGGCCGUUUCAUUUUUGAAAAAACAAAUUAUACACAGCGACGAGUUGACAAUUAAAACACCAAGCAGAAAUUUAAUUCCAUCACCCGUCACGCAUAUUUCUCUUCAAAAACUUAUUUUGAAAGAAGAUACAUACGAUGCUUUAAUUAAAUGGAGUCCAAAUGAAGAUUAUUCAUGCGAAUAUAAUCUUGUGUGGCUUAAAGAAGAGUCCGUUUAUGAGGAAACGAUAAAUGUCGUUUCAGGUAAGCAUGAAACAACUUUGACCGAUUUGAACUUUGGUAUAAACUAUACAAUCGAAAUUAUGGCAAAGUCUGAAACCUCCCUACAGGAAAGUGUAAAGAAAUCGCUCACUUUUCUAACCCCUUCUUGUUUGGAAACAUUCCAUACUUUGGAUAAAUGCAGUCCUGAAGCCCCACAGAAUUUGGUAAUUAAUGAAAGUAUCAUCGAUUUAUCCCAGGAAACAUACAACGUUCACUUGAUUUGGUCAAAACCAGAUUUAAUACCUGAUUACUACAUCGCUCAUUUUAUUAACAUAGAUCCGAAGAAUCAUAACAAAACUGAACAUUUUUUAAACAUAACUGGAGACAAAACAAAUGCGAUUUUUGAGCACAUGAAAUUAGCCCCUUUGUAUCACAUCUCCCUUAUGGCUUGCUCUUCGGCGGGCUGUAGUCAAAAAGUGGCCGAGGAGCGACACAAAACUGAUACAAAUAUCACAACAGUCACUUCGGAGCAACACUGGGGGAUUUUGGUCUUAAUUGUUGCACCUUUGAUAGCCACUUUGAUUGUGACAGUGACUGUUAAUUAUUAUCGACAUAAACAGAAGCGUCGAGAUGAGAGAGAGCGUUACUUCAAAGGACUUGAUGAAGAGAAAUUUCCAGAAUCAAGGGAUAAUAUUGAAAUUGAUAUGAUUAAACCCGACAUAUGUGAUCAGUGGGAACUUGAUCCUCUUAAACUUUCCUUCCAAAGUGUCAUCGGGGAGGGAGCUUUCGGGAUAGUUCGGCGAGCUUUCGUAGAGAUGAAAGAUGGUAAUAAGACACAAGUUGCAGUGAAGAUGUUGAAAGAAUCACCCACUUCGGAAGAAAUAAGACAGUUUACUCAAGAAAUCAAUAUAAUGAAGUCGGUUAGACAACAUCCAUAUAUUGUUUCCUUGAUCGGUUGUGUAACUAAAGGACGAAUUGAAGGUCCACUUCUUGUGGUCGAAUAUUGCUCCAGAGGGGACUUACAGACUUAUUUAAGAACAGCGUGGGACAAAUUUAUCAAUAUGCAACAGCAGUUUGCAUACAUAGAUGAAAGUUCCAACAGUUCAAAUUAUUUCGCAAACAAAAUUUACGACUUUCAAAAUAUGAACUUUGAGGAUGAUUUCGUAAUCCAGCCUAAGCAUCUUUUGUCAAUAGCGCGCCAAGUCGCACUCGGAAUGGAACACCUCGCCAAAACUCGGGUCGUGCAUCGCGAUUUGGCUGCACGUAACGUUUUAGUUUGCGAAAAUCACACUGUGAAAGUAUCCGAUUUUGGUCUGAGUCGCGACGUUUAUCAGGACAACGUUUACUGCAAAAACGGCGGAGGGAAACUACCGGUUAGAUGGAUGGCUCUAGAAUCCCUAACUCAUCAGAGGUACACCACGUAUAGUGACGUCUGGUCCUUCGGAAUCCUACUAUGGGAGAUAGUAACACUCGGAGGAACACCUUACGUGGGUGUACACUCUUCUGAAUUGUUGGAUUUUCUUAAGAGUGGAAAUCGGUUGGCGCGGCCGUCGAAUUGCAGCCCAGACUUGUAUGCCGUAAUGUUGAGUUGUUGGAGAGAAAGCCCGAAAAAUAGACCGACUUUUACCGAGUUGUGCAGAUCUUUGGAAGGUUUGUUAGAAAAUGUGUCCCAAUAUCUCAAAAUUGAAAAUGUCGACCAGACCUACAAAAAAGCGGUUCCUAUUAAAAUAAACCAAAAGACGUGUUCUACUGAACGGUAUGUUACACCUGUCAAUACUCUCAUCAGAGGUAUUAGCAAUUAAGUGCGGUUUUGUGGUUGAACCGAGUUUGAACUGUAAAUAAGUUUCUUUUUAUAUAAAUGUACCUGUCUCCAAAGUUCAAUUAUUUUGUGAUCGAAUGUUUUUUUACGUAAUUAGUAUUUAGGACAAAAUGUGACUGACGUAAUAUAGCUGUGAGUUAAAGUAGUUUCAAAUGCUUUCAACACCAUUUUGUACACAUUGUGCAUAUUUUUGUAUUAUGUUCAACGUGAAUAUAUCUUUAAUAAAUGUUUUAUAAUAAA